GUAUGGAUGCUGAAGACAACGUUGCAGCCGCAAACCGAAGCAAAACGUGUACUUCGGUGCUAUCUGCGCUGCAGAAGAUACGAGAUGCACCUGGCCAUAUGGGGUGCGACAUAGGAGGAUCCCUGGCCAAAAUGGUGCUGGCGCUGCCAGAGCAUCAGGCUGCACAGUACCGCUUUCCGGAAUCCUUCGGGACUAGCGGCCGGACGCAGAACCACUUGGAGAUGACGAUCGAGCUUCACGGGACGAAGUUCGUCCUUCGAUUCAUCUCAGGAUCCACCUCUCAGCUCGAGAUGGCUGUCGCCCACUUGGGCGACCGCCGCCGCGACUUCGGCCGCAGGGCCACUAGUGAGCCGUUGACCUGUGAUGAAGACUCCGAUGAAGGGGAUCGAAACCCAAAGCCGACUCGCGCCACGUCUGGAGACACCGGAGCGAUGCGCGCCGUGUCGGAAGUCAUGGGCGAGUCACCCAGGUUCACGCGAACGUUCUCGAGCUGGUCCGACGAGGUCUUUACUUCCUCAGACCGCCCUUUCAGGCGCAUGGCCACUGCUGGAGGGGGCGCCUGCAAGUUUGCGCCUCUUUUCCGAGAAGCAUUGCGAGUAGAGCUGGAGCCUGUACGCGAGAUGGCUGCAAUGGUGGACGGGCUCUUGCUCCUGGCACCACCACAGUGUCUCACAGGCACAGACGGCACUGGCGGUAGCAGUGGAGAUGGCACCCAGCAAGACAUCUUCACCAUCACGGAGGAUGGUGCGACCAUCACAAGACCGUGGCCUGAGCCGCUGUUUCCGAUGAUCUUGGUCAUCACGGGAACCGGUGUUUCGAUUCUGCGUGUCGACUCUGCAGCCCCUGGUGACUUCGUCCGCGUUGGUGGUACGGCCUGCGGCGGAGGUACCUUCUUGGGCUUGGCACGCAUGCUCACUUCAGCGAAGAGCUUCGACGAGGCUCUCAUCCUCGCGGCAGAGGGCAAUGCACAGAAUGCAGACAAGCUGGUCAGCGACAUCUACGGCGAGGAGGGUUGUGUGACAUUAGGCCUUCCGGGCAACCUCACAGCUUCGAACUUCGGGAAGCUUGGCGAGAUGAGCGAGGCAAAAUGCUCGGAGCGCGAUCUGGCUCGGUCCCUCUUGCAGAUGGUCACCCAGCAGUCGGUCCUUCUGGCCUCCGCGCAUGCGAAGAUGGCAGGAUGCAUCGAUCGGGUAUUCUUCGCCGGAGGCUUCGUCGACGAGAAGAACUGGAUCGCACGCAAG